GCGGCGGGCCGUACCACGGCGGUGGCGGGGGAACGGGCGCGCACGGCGCUCUGCGGGCUCGGCGGCCGUGAGAGUCCCGGCCUGAGGCUCGCUCCUGCGCAGCGCUGAGCCAGGCCGCCGCCGGGAUGCAGUGGGCCGUGGGCCGGAGGUGGGCGUGGGCCGCGCUGCUCCUGGCCGCCGCGGCCGUGCUGGCCCAGGUGGGCCGGCUCUGGCUGGGCACUCAGAACUUCGUCUUCCAGCGCGAAGAGAUCGCGCAGCUGGCGCGGCAGUAUGCGGGGCUGGACCACGAGCUGGCCUUCUCUCGGCUGAUCGUGGAGUUGCGGCGCCUGCACCCAGGCCACGUGCUGCCCGACGAGGAGCUGCAGUGGGUGUUCGUGAACGCGGGCGGCUGGAUGGGCGCCAUGUGCCUUCUGCACGCCUCGCUGUCCGAGUACGUGCUGCUCUUCGGUACCGCCCUGGGCUCUGGCGGCCACUCGGGACGCUAUUGGGCUGAGAUCUCGGACACCAUCAUCUCUGGCACCUUCCACCAGUGGAGAGAGGGCACUACCAAAAGUGAGGUCUUCUACCCAGGGGAGACAGUGGUGCACGGGCCUGGUGAGGCAACAGCUGUGGAGUGGGGGCCAAACACGUGGAUGGUGGAGUACGGCCGGGGUGUCAUCCCAUCCACCCUGGCCUUUGCACUGGCGGACACAAUCUUCAGCACCCAGGACUUCCUCACCCUCUUCUAUACUCUUCGCGCCUAUGCCCGGGGCCUCCGGCUUGAGCUCACCACCUACCUCUUCGGCCAGGACCCCUGACCAGCCAACCCUGAAAGAGGACCUGUGGAUGAACAGGAGCAGGCAGGCCCAUACACAGCCACUUGCUGGAGCCCAUGUGAGAAGACAAGGACAUACUCACAACUUGCAGAUACUGAGUUCCUGGUGUACGAGCAGGGACAUACAUGCUUAUACAACCAAACAUAGAGACCUGUGGGAACAUAUGGGACACACAUUCAGAUCCUGAAUCCCGUGUGUAUGGCACCAUCAUGCAUUCACACCCAUCCAGAGAGGGAGCCCCCCGUAUACCAAGGGGGCCAGUCAUGUUCAAACACACAUACCACAAGCUUGACUCACUAACUCAGGCCUUUCCAGAGCUUCCCUGCCCCUAGUCAGGGCUCUGGAGUUAGGGAUGGGGGUGGGUAUUACAGUCUGCCUGGGUCUGACUCCUCAACCCAGCAGCAAUGGGGGGGAAGGGGGGAGGGAGGAGAGGAGCUGCCUUUGGAGGCCCCCUUCACCUGCAGCUAUGAUGCCCUUCCCCUUCAGCCCCCGUCCUCACCAUAUGCCUUACCCCAUUCUUUCCCCUGCUAUGCAAGUGCCCUCAUGGCCGGCCCCCCUCCCUUUCAGCAGCCAGGUCAGCUGGGGAACCAGAAGAAUGUUGAGAAUGCUGAGGUCAGGGUCCUUCUAUCCUGAAAGACCUCCCAUUCCUCCCUCAGGGGUAUGAUGAGGAGGCCAGCCUCAGCCUGAGACCCACCACUGGAGAGAGGUGGGCCUAGGUCCAGGAGACCAGCCCUGGCCUAGAGAAGGCCUUUUCUGUGUACACACACCCAUCAUAGCUUCCAGACACUGCCCUUGCUGUGUUUCUGUCCAUCUGUUUGUUCUGUUAAUAAAGACCUGUUGAACAGUUCCA